CAUCGGCUACACUGUAUCCUGGGGCCGGUGCGGGCUCCAGCGGGCGAGCAGCCGCCGGAGCCGGGAGGGAGCGAGCGGGCCCCGGGUCGCCCCGAUCCAUGAGGCUCCGGGCACGCCCGCUUGUCUGAUGCCGCACAGGAGGAGGAAGGUGCCAUUAUGGAGUGCUGUCAUGGAGGCCACACUGUGUAUCCACACGUGCCUUUGGCUGAUUCCAGCCUGGAUUCCCUUGCUAAUGCCAAAUGGAUUUGUACAUGGUUCAGAACUUGAGCCUGGGGCUAAAACCCAGGAGAUGGCUCAAGGCUCUGGAGAGUUAACCUGGGCCGUGCACUUAAAUGUGCCGGAGGGGUUGUCUUCCCGUGAGGAGGAGCUGGAGCGACAGGCAGACGAACUGGCCAGGACGGGAGGACUGGUGAACCUGGGACGGAUCGGGGAGUUAAAGGGCCGUUACCUCUUCGCCCACCAACCAAAUGGCCACACAGAACGAGGACCUGAAGCAAUAAGGAGAUCGGUAGAGGCUUUAUUUGCACAGCAUGACAGCGUGCGGUGGCACUCUGAGCAGAAGCUUCUGAAGCGCUCCAAACGCAGCCUGCACUUUAACGACCCCGAAUACCCCAACCAGUGGCAUCUGAACAAUCGGAGGACCCCGGGAAAGGAUAUCAAUGUGACGGGCGUGUGGGAGCAGAACGUGACAGGCCGUGGUGUGACCGUCGUGGUCGUGGAUGAUGGCGUGGAGCACACCAGCCAAGAUAUACAGCCAAAUUACAGCCCUGAAGGCAGCUAUGACUUGAACUCCAAUGACCCCGACCCUAUGCCCCGCCCUGACGCAGAAAAUGGGAACCACCACGGGACCCGGUGCGCUGGUGAAAUCGCAGCUGUCCCAAACAACGGCAUCUGUGCAGUGGGAGUUGCUUAUGGCAGCCGCAUUGCAGGCAUCCGAGUCCUGGAUGGGCCCCUCACAGAUAGCAUGGAGGCUAUCGCUUUCAACAAGCACUAUCAGAUCAAUGACAUCUACAGCUGCAGCUGGGGUCCGGACGAUGAUGGCAAAACUGUGGAUGGUCCUCACCAGCUAGGAAAGGCUGCCUUGCAACAUGGGGUGAUUGCUGGUCGCAGGGGCUUUGGAAGCAUUUUCGUCGUGGCCAGUGGCAAUGGAGGGCAGCACAAUGACAAUUGCAACUACGAUGGUUACGCCAACUCCAUCUACACCGUCACUAUAGGCGCGGUGGAUGACGAGGGGAACAGGCCGUUCUACGCCGAGGAGUGUGCCUCCAUGCUGGCAGUGACCUUCAGCGGCGGGGAUAAGACGAGGAGGAGCAUUGUGACGACAGACUGGAAUUUGGAGAAAGGCACAGGCUGCACCGAGGGCCACACGGGGACUUCAGCGGCUGCCCCCCUCGCAGCCGGCAUGAUUGCCUUGAUGCUCCAAGUGAGACCAUGUCUCACCUGGCGAGAUGUCCAGCACAUCAUUGUCUUCACAGCCACCAAGUAUGAAGAUCGUCGCACCAACUGGGACACUAACCGGGCAGGCUUCAGCCACAGCCAUGAGCACGGCUUUGGCUUGCUAAACGCUUGGAGGCUUGUCAACGCUGCCAAGAUCUGGGAAUCUGUCCCAUACCUAGCGUCGUACAUCAGCCCCGUUCUCAAGGAGGGCAGGACCAUCCCGCAGGUGCCUCAGGCAUUGGAAGUCACCUGGAAUGUCACAGCAGCCGACCUCGCCUUGUCCGGCAUGAGGACCUUGGAGCACGUGGCAGUGACCGUCACCAUAACCCACCCUCGCCGUGGCAACCUGGAAAUCAAACUCCUCUGCCCCAGUGGCAUGGUGUCCAGGAUUGGGACCACCAGGAGCCUGGACUCAGAUCCCAACGGCUUUGCUGACUGGACCUUCUCCACGGUGAGGUGCUGGGGGGAGGAAGCCGAGGGCACGUACAGACUCAUCCUCAGGGAUGUCGGGGAUGAGACGCUGAAGACAGGGACGUUGAAGCAGUGGCAGCUGACACUUUACGGCUCUUCAUGGACUCCGGCGGAGAUGAGGGAACGGCAAAGGCUGCUGGAGGACGCCAUGAGUGGCCAGUACUUGAGCAGUGGUGAGUCCCUGCCGUGCCCUCCAGGGCUGGAGAUCUCCGAGGAGGAGCCAUACACCAUCACAGCCAACACCCUCAAGAUGCUCAUGUUGCUGGGAUGCUUUGCUGUCUUCUGGACUAUCUACUACAUGCUGGAGGUUUACCUGUCCAGAAAGAAUGUGGUCUUCAAUCUGACGUGCGACAGCUUCCCUGCCUGCAGGUGGUACCCCAGGGCUGGGCGGCAGAAGAACAUGGAGAAUGGGAUGGAUCUGGAGUCCAUCCCGCUCAAUGCGGGGAAGGACAUGGAAGACGUGGAGAUGGAGUCGGAGCAUCCACUGCCCAGCCCGGAAGCCCCAGAGAACUUAGGGGAAGAGGGAAGCUGGAGUCCCCAGGAUCCCAAACCUCACAGCAAUGGCCGAACCGCAGGCUUGCACGAAGCAAUCCAUUCGGGCUCAGGGUAUCUCGGCCGGGACCUGGCCUCCGAACUCCUCUCAGCAGACAGGGAGCAGCAGACAUGCUAGCGGGAGCUGGGAGCUCGGGAUGCUGGCUGAUAUUGGGUCCUGUCCUUCCCUGGGUGCAGGGUGGGGAGACGUUCCAACCCCCCACAGAGCCACCGCUGCCUUGGGGGGCGCUGGCGGUGGAUGUGGCUCGGGUCGCACAGGCCCACGGCUGAGAGGAGGGACCAGUGUCUUGCUCUCGAGAUUCCCCAUCGCAAAGGCGCCUGUCCCUGCCAUUUCUAAACAAAACAAGCCUUAACUCAUUUCGUAACCGAGUCUGUCCAGGGGCGAAACUCACGGCUUCCCUCCUCCUCAGCCCUAGGCCCUGCGCUCCUGCUCCCUGCCCGUGAGCACCCGGCAUCCGCUGAACUGAGCUUCCUUUCGUCUCCCGGGGUGCCCGCCCGGGGCCGGCCUGGCUGCUGGUGGAGGAGCCUGGGCUCCCCUGCGGGGUGGCACUCAGCGAGUCGAAGCGCUGGCUUGGGGCUGGCUUUGCAGUGGCGCUCUCAGGUGUUGGAGAGGGAAGCUGGAAGCUUCCCAUGCGGGCAGCCCCCAGACCCUAUGGCUGGUGCCCUCCCUGUCGUGCGUUCUGCAGGCAGGGCGCAGCCCUGGGGGAAAGGCGGAGAUGGUGGAAGGCCCCCCAGGAAUUCUCGGGGGGGGGGGAUUAGCCUAGGGAAAGCCCCAGCCUGACUCCCCCCAGCAGUUUGACCCCAGUGACAGCCCUGGGAGAGUGGCCAGCCCUUACUGUUGGAUUAGCUGCAGCCACACCCCGCGGCUGCGGUACUCGGAUGCCGGGGUGGCUCAUGCAGGGUGAUUCUGCAGCGGGUUCUGGACCUGGUGACUCUGGCUCACGUUCGGGGGUUACGCCCAGGAGUGGUUGCGUGUAGUGCAAGUGCCCCCAGACUUUGCCCAGGCCCCUUGCCAGGAGCCCUGGGGCUGCCCCAACCUGCAUUAGUGGAGGGGACUGUCACCCCCUUCGUGACAGACCUGCAGGGACUCAGGGCCCAGCCCUUCAGCCAGCUGGAUCACGGCCUGGCCACACGCUGUAUUGGACACAAGGGUGGCACUGCCAGGCUGCCCUGUCUGGCCGCCCCCAGGUUGACGUCUGUACAGUCCCUUCGGCCUUGUAGGGUUAGUUACUUCACUGAGACGGGGCUGGAUUUUCUGAGAUGCCUCCCCCAGAGCUGUCCCUCGGCAUGCCCCAUCUGUCUCUUGUCCUCAGCCCGGGCGCUGUGCCAGCUGGCUUGGGCAGCUCGCUCGGGGUGGGUUUGGUACCCAAUGCACUUCAUGCCUCCCAGAGCUCAACCCGAGGGUCGACACCCAGGCUCUGCGAAUGCUCCAGAGCUAUUGGGGACCUCGAGAAAUCACUGGGCGAGUCGGGGCGUGGGGAGCUGAUCAGCCGUGCCCGCCUGUAACCAGCAGGCUGGGAAGGUGAGAGCUAGGCUGUCCCUUUCCAGAGCCCCUGGGAGCUCGGGCACUGGCAGGAGUCAGGUAGGUGCAUGGGCUCCUGCCCCUGUGCAGUCAUGGUCUUGCACAGGCGUGUGCUGGGCAAUCUCUGAAAUUCCUGGGAGCCCUUGGCCUGUUAGCGGGGGGGGGGGGGGCGGGAAAUGAGGCUUCAUGCAGAGUCACCUGCCCCAGGAGAAGUGUCGUGCCCCAGCUGUGACUUCUCCCGCCCUGCACAUGGCUGUGUUAGCUGGAGGGCAGCAGGGGCCAUGUGAGCACAGGGUGUGCUGGCCAGCCAGCUGUCUGUCUUUGCCUUCUAGCCCGUUGGCUUUGUUCCUGUUUUCAUGGCAUAGGGGCAGAGGGAAGCUCUCCCAGCGACCCACCGGGGCCCUGCUCAGCCACCAACAGCCACCGUUUGGCUUGUAGUGUUUGUCAUUUAAGUUCCGAAGAUGCUGUCCUCCCCCUCAUCUACCUGAGGCAUCGCAGCUUCUGCUGGACAAGUCUCUGCUUGGGACAGGCAGGGGGACCUGGAGUGUGGCUAAGCCUGCCGCUUAAAGCAGUGGUUCUCCCUGGGAGGAGACCCUCACUGGCCAUUAAGGCAUCCUGGGUGAAGGUGUCCUGCAUCGCAAGAAGGCCCUUUACAUAGUGUGUAGCCACUUGGUUGACUGUGCUAGCCAACAUGAAAUCUAGUGGCCUUUGCUUGGCUGUCUGGAGUCUUCAUUGACCCUUCCUCAGCCAGCUGCCUUACCCAGCCGUCCCUGUUUUCUGGGCUCUGCCUGCUGGCAGCAGCGGUCUCAGCCCACUGCGCAUGUUUCACCUCCAGAUCGCUUAGUAGUUGGCUAAUGUUAGCCAGGUAGACCAAACGUUGACGAAAAAAUCUGUUUGCCCAUUUCCAACAGCAGUAAUUGCACCUUUUUCUCCCUGCUGUUCCCUCUGGCCACCACACUCACCCCAUCCUCUCACAAACUAGCCAUUGUCCGGCUAGAGGAAAGUAAAGGGCCUGGUUUGUCUUGGGCCUGGUGUGCACACUGAGGCCUGGCACAGGGCAUUCACAGCAAACACAACUGGUUGGCCCAGCGAGUGCAGUGAGAAGGUGCCUUUCCCCUGGUCUAGGUCCUAUAGCAUGUCUGUGUCAGAUUCCCAGGACAGGGCCCAGCUGCUUGAGGGGAGGCCAUCAGAGGACCCCGACUCCAGCAAUACACUGCAUGGCUGGAUGAGCGUGUUACGGUGACCGUGUGUCUCCAGCCAUGGCCCGCUCUGCUGCUUAGCACAGUGCUCCUCUGUCAGCAACACUGAGGGAGCAGAUUUUAAAUCCUGCAUGGGUUCUCCAUGUGAGCAUUUUAAACGUUACAUUGGGGUUAACCGGUUGGGGGUUUUAGUUGUUUUUGCAACAAUCCAUCACAGACAUUGGGAGCUUUUCUUUUUCUAGAGAUUUGGGGUUUUAUUUUUGAAACAGCAAAGGCCUUUUUGUGCAGCUUUCCAAAAUAAAGUCUUUCAAAACCAG